UAAAACGGAGAGCAGGACUUCCGGGAGUCUUCCGCUCCGACCCUUCCCCAACGUGUGGGACACUGCAGCUCUCCGUCCGCCUCGCCAUGGCCGACCGCUUCAGACGGGCUCUUGCUAUCCUAGCGCUGGUCCUGCUGAGCUCCCAAGAGGCGCGGGCUGAGCAGGAGCUGCGUUUCAAGCCUGUGCCCCGGCAGAAACCCGUGAGACUCUUCACCGAGACCGAGCUGGCCAGAUACAAUGGACAGGAGGAGGGUCAACCUAUCUACAUAGCUGUUAAAGGUGUGGUGUUUGAUGUUACUUCUGGAAAAGAGUUUUAUGGAAAAGGAGCCUCGUACAAUGCGCUAGUUGGGAAGGAUUCAACUCGGGGAAUUGCAAAGAUGUCCCUUGAUCCUGCGGAUCUCACUCAUGAUACAACGGGACUCACAACAGAAGAGCUGCAAUCUCUGGAUGAAACCUUCAAUAAUGUCUACAAAGCCAAGUAUCCCAUUGUUGGCUACACUGCCCAAAGAAUUCUCAAUGAGGAUGGCAGCCCCAAUUCAGACUUCAGACCCGAAGAUCAGCCACAUUUCAACAUUAAGGAAGAGUUUUGACCAAUGAGUGAAUUCCAAUAAUCCAUGGAUGCUCACCCUACAUUGCAUCAGCAUAAGGACAAAAAAACUGACUUUGUUACCGAAAACAGGAAAAUGACUUCAAGAAUGAACAGCAUGGCAUGCCCACUUUUCUGAAGUCUUUCUGGGCAAAGCUAGGUACCAUAUUAUUAUCAUUUUACAAUGUUCCUGCAACUGAUGAAUUAGUAACAUUAUUGGGUGGA